GCGACUUCAGCUGAGCGCAAGCAACUGCAGGACGGCAGCAUUCAGCAUCUCCCCAGUGAUGGCCUCCGCCGCCGCCUCUCAGAUUCGCUCCGGCUCCUAGCGCGUGGGAAAACGCCGCCUCGCCCCCCCUCACUCCGGAAGAAAGCGCGACAUGUACAGCGUGGAGGACCUCCUGAUUUCUCACGGAUACAAGCCGCCCAAAAAUGCCCUCUCGCCCUGCGAGGCGGCACGCUACGGCGAUUGCCGGCGCGAAUCGGCCGAGAAGGGGUCCGGUCACGGAACGGCGAACGGGCACGAGACCGAUGCGGGGGCCUACGUCUGCAGCAGGCAGCCGGCGGUGAAAGGCUACUCCGACGAGAAUGAGCGCAAGGACAGAAACCAAAGGAGAAAAGCUGGCAAUGGUAACCAAGGUGACACGCAGCCCCCGGGUGAUUUUCUUACCAGGGAUAGCGGAUUAUAUGACAGAACCAGGGGAAUACAGCCCCAGCCCAGAGGUGACAGGGACGUGUCCUACUGGAGGAGGCGGGGCCAGGACUUCAGUGUCUUGCUGGAUUAUGCAGACUACAGAGAGCUCAGGGGCAGUGGGUUCACCAGGCCUACAGAGGGAGCGUGGAUAUCCUUGGGGGAUGAACGUGGGCACGAGAGGCAGCGCUGGGAAGAGGUAGAGCGGGAGGCAGGGAGGGACCAAUGGAGGGCAACAGGAGACAGGAAAUGCCAGAGCCUGGGAAUGGAGGAUUGGAGGCCAGCAGCGGGACGGCAGCUGAGCCAGGGUGAGCAGUGGACCCAGGGUCAGUUGCGAAUCGCAACAUCGGAUGUAGGUGUUGACGCUAGAACCAAGGGGAAGUCCCUGUCCCUUCCACGUGUGCUAUUUCCAGAGAGCUUGCAGUAUGUGGACAUGUCUGCCUAUAGCCAAAGCACCUAUGGUCCUCAGCGGCUCAAUGGCAGUCUUUCUCACAGGCCUCCACACAACCACCAUGGCAGGGAUUGGUUUGCUGAGAAUGGGCACUGGCCUGGCAGCCAUGGAGCAGCAUUACCAAAGCCCAGGUUCAGCAGGCCCCUCAGGCCUCCAUCCUACGAGGCUCACCAACAGACACGGGGCAGUUCAGAGAUGCUCGCUGGAGACCAGGGGCCCCACCCAAAAGGGUCCUUUGUCCCCAGGCAGGACUCUUUUGCAUCUGAGCCUGUCGGGCCUGGCAUGGAGCCUCCCGUGUACAUACCUCCACCAUCAUAUGAGAGGCCUCUGCUGCACAGGGGAACGCAACAGAACUACAGUGAUAUGUCAGACUUCAGGCUAAAAGGGGCACCGUUUCAGCAGGCACCUCAUAGCAUGGAGUCGGGGAGGUGGGUUUCUAGACCAGCGGGAGGCUCUUGGUUGGAACAGCCAAGGGAGAGGAGUGCACCCUGCAGGAAACAGGUCCACCCAGGUCUCUCGCCAAACAAUGUGGGGUGGGUCCAGUACCUACCGUUUGAUGACCCGCGAGUGAGACACAUCUCAGGAGGGCCCUGUGAGAGUGCUCUGGCCGAUGCUGACAAAGUCAGACACAGCAAAAAAGACCUUCCAAGUGCUAAAGUGUUAGAACAAUCGACACACCACAGUGCCUUUCCCGCUACACAGGGACAAUAUGUCAGUACUGAAACUGAUGAAAAGUCUCUUAAUGAGCAUAACAAUGGCCAUAGAUUGUACAGUGGUUUGCACAAAGAGAGUGGCAACUCCAUAGCUUCCAACCAAAGCUGUAACGAGUAUCAAAAAGACCAGGCAGUUCUGACUAGAUCGUCAGGGCAGUGCGCAAAUCUAGACAAGGCGCUCCUCGAAACUGUUACGCAGGUGAAAAAAAUUGAACCUGGAAUGGAAGGGGAGAAAAAGCAGAACUCAAAGAGAAGGCUCAAUGAGACUAUAUUCUGCCUGGUGUCAGUUCCCUUACACCUGCAGCCAAACAGAGAAAGCUGCGAUCAGAAUAACAAUCAGAAACCGGAUCAGUUGAAUCCCGAUCACGGGAGCUCCACUCAGAGCAGAGAUGAGCUGCAUAGCCAGAGCCAGCUGAGCACAUCCUUAGCCGAACUUGAGCUGCAGACACUCACUGAAAACAGGAUGAGAGACCAGGAUCCGAAAAGGCCCCCGUCUGGGAAAGACCCACAACCCCUAUAUUCAAAUAACCACAAGGAGUUGUACUCUGGAUCCUGGCCUGGGGACCAGUAUCGAGAUCAGGAGACUCAGACCAGCUGCCCCGCAGCCCCAAAGGGGGAUCCUCAGGCCCUUCUGCACAAGCAAGGACAAGUACAGGGCCCUUCUGCCACUGACCCUAUAGCAGAUAACGGUGUGGGUGGUGACUGCAGUGCAUUUGGAUACCCCAUUAAGGGGCAGAAGAGCCUGAACCCAUCCAGCAACAGUGCUUUCUCCAGGACUGCUAACUUCCCCAGUAAGCUUUGUAAGCCCAAAGAGCAGCCACCAGCACCGGGCAGCCCGCUGGCUCAGAGGAUUGUGGAAAAAUCAUUGUCUGGCAACGGUCAGGAGGCCUUUGGCCAGUUCCUACUGAAGCCUGUCAGCAGACGUCCCUGGGAUGCCAUCGAGGAGCUGGAGUCCUUCAACAAGGAGCUGGAGUUGCAAAUGUGCAAGAGGCCCAGCAUGGACCAGUGCAUUGACGACCUGGAUCAGGCCUACAGGGACAUUCUAGAGCUGAGCACGACCAGUGACAACUAUGAAAAUGGUAAAGCACAAAACUCAGAUUGCAACCCUAUGAAAGAAGAGCCCCAAAGACAGCCUAACAAGAUCCAGCAUGGCUUUGAAAAUCGGGGCACCACUGGCGACCCCAAGCAUGGGAAGGUGAGGAGUGCUUUUUCCAGACCACCGGCAAAGACUGUAAGCUUCCAAAAACUACCAAAGGAAUCCAGCUUCGGAGACUGUGGUCUGCUCUCGCACAUCCCACUGAAUGUGGCAGACGACUGCAGGGUCCCAAGGUCUGACAUCCCUGUCCUGAAGGACUCCCUGCUUAGAGAUGUGGGCUUGACGGUAUACACUGAAGUGCCGGAGGGGCCCAGGGAGCUCACACAGGAUGUCUCCAUACUCACCAGCCCCCCUGACUAUGAGGAUGUAUAUCAAACUUUACUGCUGUCCCGCGAGAGUGCAGCAGCAACAGAGUGCAAUGCAAGGAACAUGGACGUGACACCCCAGAGUUCCUUCAGGACCUUCGGACUCGGGAUGGAAUCGGUACAACAGGAAGUCUCUGUCUCCAGAGCUGAGACAGAGAGAAAGGUAAAGAAAAAGAACUUGGUGUCUGGAUUUAGUGGGGAGAAGAUCCCUGAGGAUAAAGGUCAAGCUGACAAGAUUUAUUGCCAAUGGGAACAGCCUGAUUUUGCCAGGUCCAAGCCUGCUGCACACAGAAGAACUAAUGAAGAAGUGGCAUCAGUGUCAGACGAGGAGGCUUCAGAUAAUUUUGAUUGGCCGAAGGAGCUCUCAUUAGCGGAGAAGCACCUAGAGGAGCUGCUUAUUAAUGAAAAGGCUAACAGCCUGCCAAAGGAGGACCUGAGCAAUCUAUAUGAAGUGCAGUGUGCAGAGGGGAUUCCUGAGAAGGAGUCAAUUGAGGAACGGGCAGCUAGAAUACUGGGAAUAAAAGUCCCUGCAGAGUCGCUUGCUGUGGGGGACCACAAGCCUGGAACAGGCACUACAGAGCCCGUAGUCACAAUAGAACCAGAGCCUGUGAUGACACAGGAACCUUGGGAAAGUAAUGCUAAUGGAAAGCUAUUGCAAGUGCAAAGUCAGUAUGAAGAAGUAAGUGAAGAGCCCAUGGAUCCAAACGGACUUGGGCAGGAGGAGGAAGAGGUGGCAGGACCUGGAGAGGGUGCCCAUCUGAGCGGGAUAUUGGAAAGUCUGCUCAUGCCAGUGGCUAUCAGCAGCAGCGAUGGCAGGUUGUCUCUGAGCGUGAGUGGUGACUUGCAGGGAUGUGGCGGUUCCCCAGAGCCUGAGGCCCCAGAGGCCGUAACCCUGGAUGCUGAGGUCAUGGAAGCUGCAGCCCUGGAGGCUAUAGCUGUAGAAAUUAAGGAACUGGAGGCAGAGGUCCUGGAGCUUGAGGCUCUGGAGCCUGAAAUCCCAGAUGAGGAGUCCUUGGAGGCAGUAGCCUUGGAGUUAGAAGCUCUGGAGCCUGAAGUCCCUGAGGGGGAGACCUUGGAGAUAGAGGUCCUAGAGCCUGAGGCCUGGGAGCUUGGGGCCCUGCAGGCCGGGGUCCGACGGGAUGGGAUGGCUAAUUUGCUUUGUCAAGAGGCAAUGGAGAACCUUAUUGUCCAGCCAAAGGAGUGGAGCUCCUUAUCCCACAUGGAGGACCUUACCACCAGGAGCCUAGAAUCAGGGGAGAGCAAUGAUGAGGAGGAGUGGAAUAUGCAGAGCAAGGGGAACUCCACACCACAGUUUGGUCCAAAUGACAGCCUUCAUUCCACGGUGCCCACACAGCCUCGCAAUGCCACUGUGGCUAAGAGGGAGAUCACACUGCCCCUGGACCUCAGUGAGUACUCUCAUGAUGUAGAGUACCUGGAUGAAGAAGUGGAGGAGGAGAUGCUACAUUUCUCAGAUUCCUACGACCCCAGUCGAGUCGAAAGAGUGUAGAGCACGAACUUCAUCUCCAUCUGAGAAUCAGGUUGCUGCACUGUGACCCUGGCCUCCCACUACAGACCUUCAUCUCAUCCCAAGCCACACUGAAACGGCCUUCUACUUCAUCGCAAGCAUUGUUUACGUGGAUGACCGCAGUCGUGCUGAAAGCGCUGUUCCGCUCUCUUCCCUCCUCUGGGGUUCUGCUCUCCUCCCUCCUCUAGGGUUCAGCUCUCCUCCCUCUGGUCUUCAUCACCCCCUCAUCUUCCUCUUGCCCUGGCUUUGGCUUUCAUCGUAUGGAUGUUAUGCAAUUCUGCAUUGCGUUACCGCCUUUCAGACUAAGCCUAAUCUGUAACCAAACCAGGCUAUAAUUGAUCACACAACUGCCUAGGGUUAUCUUAAGGGUACAGCUGUUGAAUGUUUGAAUGUAAGUGUUUGUAUGUUACAAAAUGGACAGACAGAGUCUAAUAGUGACAUAGAUCUGUUCUGUUUGUUACUAGCACUAAAUUUUCACCAUUCAGUAUUGUUUGGGUCUUACUGGAGAAGACUUUGUUGUCUAGCGACAAGGAUUUUUUUUUUACACAAAUCUUUAGCCAUUGAUCUCACUAACAGUUAUGUUUUGCGUUAUUACCAGUAUAUAAAGCUCUUAGAUGUACAAUGGGGGUCAGCUUCAGUUGAUCACGUGGGGCCACGCAAAGGACCUUUUGGUCAUUCUAGUAGAGAAAUAUAUUUGUAGGCUCUUUGUUUGCGAUUCUUCAAAGGCGGUUGAUGGUGGUGAACAGGAAUCAGUCUUUAACAGAUCCUGGCUUUAAUAGAGGUCCAUCAUGACAAACAUAUGACAAAUAAGCCUGAUUUGUUUCUGUCAAAGCAUGCAUAAUUUGCAUUGCAAAGAAUAGAUUUCACAAAAUAUUUAUUUUUGUUAUUUUUAUUGACAUGCUAAUCAAUCUACAUCAUGUACAAAAGUAUAUUUUAACUAUUUUAAGAGAUAUUUUGUAUUUAACCAUUCUAUUUUAUUUUCCCGCUUUGUGCAUUAUAUCUGUAUAUUGCCACAAGAAUAUUUUUUAUUUUUAAAAAAUGGUGUCAAAGAAUGAAUAUAUUGAAGUUCGACUUCAGUGUAUGAAGUGAAUGAAUGUGGUGUGCUUAGAACACACUAUUUUGUCUAUGAAGGACAAGGUUUGUUGUAUCUGAAAGUUUAGAUUAGUCAUUAAAUAAUACAUUUUUAUAAAAUAAGAAUAUAAAUAAUAUUUUGUGUAUGAAAGCAGACUUGGCAAUAAUAGUAUGUUUCAAAGACAAUAAUUAGACAAGACACAUUAGCAAUGAAGGGGCUGCUCUGGUUUGUGUUUUGUUGUUAUUCAAUUUACUAUAAUUUACUAUAAGUUUUAUAUAUACAUAUAUAAGCUGGAACAAAAGCAGUAUAAUUGAUUUUUCUAUUUUGAAUUUACUUGACUGCUCUGCACAUUGCUAUUGCCAUCUCGGUAUAGAUUCAUACUUAUAUUUGGGGUAAAACUAAUUGCAUUCAUUACAUUAUACUAUAUGCAAGCGUGUGAUUACAAUGUCAAAUAUUGGUUCAUGGAUUCUUUUCUUUUUUUUUAUACCUAUAUCUGAAGGUUGUCUAAUGAAAGUGAUAUUUCUUUGCUCUUGCUCGUACUGUUUCUACAAACUUUUCUAUCCUGUAGUGAUAAAAAAUAUAUAUAUUGUCACAUUUACCAGCUCCGUACAGUAGUGCGAUCAAUCAAUAGAAUGUUCUGGAGUUGUGUCCAGCAAGUCACGAUCAAUUUAAGGCACUAAAGCGAUUUGUCAGAAAAAGGUGGUGAAGGGUAUUGACGGUCCUUACGUGUGGCUGAGAUUACUUUGCUGACAUGUUUUCCAAGUGUUAUAGAGGAUGACACAUUGACGCACAUUGCCUCUCUCGGCUUAGCAUAUGCCUAGAGGAUUGUAACUAGGCAUCCGACUCUUUUGUAUUGGUUUUAUGUGGUUUUAUGUGCAACAUGAAUAAUUCUGCACAAUGCUGAUGUAAUAUUUUCUAUUUUCAUAUGGACUUUAAAUGUUUUUUGUAAACAGGCAUUUGUUUCCUCCUUGCAUGAUAUGAGAGAUGGGUGGAGGAAAAAUAAAGGUUUUUGCAUAUAACUGCAUUUGGUACUCUACACAAUAUUCAACCAUUAUAUUUCAUGUAGCAUAUUUUUAUUUUCAAAACUAUGCCAAGUAUUUAAAUGAAAACAAGCUAUUUUUAGAGUAUUUUAAAGGGAAGCACAUCAAUAUCUUUGUAUUUAUGGAUAUGAAAUUGACCAUAAAAUACAUUCAUAUCAGUGUGCUGCUGUUGUAUAAUUCUUCUGACAGUUCAUAAAUAAACCAAUUGCAUGAAA